UGCGCCGCCCUUUCUCCCUCCUCCUGGCUGCUGGGCUGCGUGGGACCGUCCGCCGCGGCAGUAACUUGAUACCCGGAGACGAGCGGUCCAGACGAGCCCGCAAAACGAGGCGUUCCCAGCCGCCCCGGGAUCACAUCGACAGAUAACCAUCUCUUCCGUCCGCCAUCUCUCAGCACCGGGGAGGCGGGGGUGGAGGGAGGGGGGAACGAUCUCCGUCCACUGCUCACCGGAACAGCUCACCGUAGGCGCCGAUGACCCGCGAGUUGUUUUUUACGUUCUCCAGACUGGAACACGACACGGGACGCGCACAACUAACUGGCUAGCUCCGGGGCUAGCGUCAGUUAGCUAUCGGCUUUUAACAUUACACGAAUGAAAUUUAGGGCGUUUUUUUUUUUUUUUUAGAAGGCAGUUCUGUUGGCUUUUGAGAAGAAGAAGUGGACGUUUCAAAACAUUGUGUUAAACCACGGCGCAUUAACGCGUCGGUUAUUUUAGCGAUAUUUAGCAGCUUCGCCCCCAAGUUUUCUAGCAGCAGCCGGACUGUCGCUGCGGGCUGCUAGCAUGUUAGCCGCUGCCGGACGCAGACGCCGUGUUCCGGCAUCUCACAGAUGGAAGAUCCGCCGCGCGACGUCGCUGCUCGGCUGAUCUGUCCGCUCCGCACCGGGCUCCAAAGCGGGACUAUUUCACCUCCUUUCCGCCGCUCUCAUUAGUCCACCGACCCCAGCAACAAGAACAACAGCUACCCAUUUAAUAUAAAUAUAUAUAUAUGUAUAUUCUUUUAUUUUUUUAUGCAUUAGUUAUCAAUGUGUUGUGCUGUCUGGGAGCUCAGUUCAAGUUAUUGGGCUGACUUUAGAGGAAAUACGCGGAGGAACGGAGUAGAGGAGGACCAGAAGAGGUGCAGCAACGACUCGGAGGAGAGCCCCAAGGAACGAUACCAAAGUACGCUGCCAUGUCUGGGAGCCGAACAGCGAUGAAAUCUCUGGCGAGGUGUUGGUUUUGCCUCGCGAUCCUCCAGACUUCUGUGGCCGCUGCCCAGGGGGAGUUGAGGGAGUGCGCCUUCACGGACCAGCUCCAGCACGGGGAGGUGAAGCGGGUGACGGAGGGCGAAGGCUGGGUCUCCCCGGAGAACACCACCAUUCGCUGCGCCAAGGGCAAGCACUGCUUCGGCCUGUGGGAGAAAACCCUUCCCGGGGAGCUAAGGCUGGUCAAACAAGGUUGCUGGAGUCACCUGGCCGACAACCACGGCUGCCACGACGACCGCUGCGUGGUGACGGGCCUGCCCCAGCAGAUCCAGAACGGAACGUACCACUUCUGCUGCUGCGGCAGCGACAUGUGCAACGUCAACUUCACCGAGGACUUCCCGGUGCCGAGCCCCACGCCUCCGCAGCCACUCGCCCACGGAACACUGCGCCACGAGGAGACGGUUAUUAUCGCCCUGGCAACAGUCUCCGCGCUGGUUGUGGUCGCCGUAGCAGCCUUCUUUGGUUACCGCCUGAUGCACGGAGAUGGCAAACAAGGGCUGCACAACCUCAACAUGAUGGAGGCCGCCGGCUCCGAGAGCUCACUGGACCUUGACAAUCUCAAACUGCUGGAGCUGAUUGGCCGCGGCAGAUACGGCACCGUGUACUGCGGCUCCCUGGACGAGCGGCCCGUCGCCGUCAAAGUGUUCACAGCGGCCAAUCGGCAGAACUUCCUCAACGAGUGCUCCGUCUACCGUCUGCCGCUGCUGGAGCACGAUAACAUCGCCCGGUUCAUCGCUGCUGACGAGCGGACGGGCCCCGAGGGUCGCACGGAAUACCUGCUGGUCAUGGACUACUACCCGCAGGGCUCUCUGAGUCACUACCUGAGCAUCCAGACAAGCGACUGGGUCAACAGUUGUCGGUUGGCUCACUCCGUCACUCGAGGCUUGGCCUACCUUCACACAGAGCUCUUUAAAGGAGACCUGUACAAGCCGGCCGUCUCCCACCGGGACCUGAACAGCAGGAACGUCCUGGUCAGGGCCGACGGCACGUGCGUCAUCAUCGAUUUCGGCCUGUCCAUGAAGCUGACGGGGAACCGGCCGGCGCGCCACGGCGAGGAGGAGAACGCCGCUAUAAGUGAGGUGGGCACCAUCCGCUACAUGGCUCCAGAAGUGCUGGAAGGUGCUGUGAAUCUGAGGGACUGCGAGUCGGCGCUGAAGCAGGUGGACAUGUACGCGCUGGGCUUGGUCUACUGGGAGAUCUUCAUGAGAUGCACCGACCUUUUCCCCGGAGAAUCAGCGCCAGAAUACCAGAUGGCCUUUCAGGCAGAGGCGGGGAACCACCCCACGUUUGAGGACAUGCAGGUCCUGGUGUCCCGGGAGAAGCAGCGGCCCAAGUUCCCCGAGGCCUGGAAGGAGAACAGCCUGGCGGUUCGCUCGCUAAAAGAGACGAUGGAGGACUGCUGGGACCAGGACGCGGAGGCCCGCCUGACAGCUCAGUGCGCCGAGGAGCGGCUGGCGGAGCUGCUCCUCAUAUGGGACCGCUCCAAGUCCGUCAGUCCGACCCUCAACCCCAUGUCCACCACGCUGCACAACGAGAGAAAUCGCAUGACCCCCAAGUCGGGCCCCUACACGGACCACCCCUCCACCUACAUCGAAGAGCACGAGGGCGUGGCCAAGAACCAGCAGGCGGACCCCGCCGGCUCCUUGUCCGGCCGAGUCAGGGUGGGGACGGGGGAGCGGAACCGCAACUCCAUCAACCAGGAGCGCCAGCAGCAGGCCAACGCCCGCCUGCCCAGCCCAGAGAGCAGCAGCACCAGCAUGGGCCUGAGAGGCAGCCCGUCAGCCUCCACCACCACCACCACCAUCAUCUCUGAAUCCGAAGGGCCCCCGGGGGCCGGCGCAGUCCCCGUUUGCCUGCACCUGACCCAGGAGGAUCUGGAAACCACCAAGCUGGACCCUAAAGAGGUGGACAAGAACUUGAAGGAGAGCUCCGACGAGAAUCUGAUGGAGCACUCGCAGAAGCAGUUCUGCUCCCCCGACCCGCUGAGCCCCGGGAGCUCCAGCUUACUCUACCCCCUGAUCAAGAUGGCCAGCGAGGCCUCGGGAACACCGGAGCCCGCCGCGGCUCUGCCCCCUGCUAUCUUUCCCCUGCCCAAGCAGCAGAAUCUGCCAAAGAGGCCGUCCAGCCUGCCCCUGAGAAACAAGCCCACCAAGAAGGACUCCUCCUCCUCCUCUCUCAGGUUCAAGUUCGGACGCUCGGGGAAGUCCAACCUGCGGCAGGUGGAGGGAGCCAAGAUGAACGCUGGCGCAGGGGCGGGCCCAAACCCCGCGGAGGCUCAGCCGGGGGCGGGCACCAACAACCUCCCUGUUACGCGGGAAGCCCACGUCAACGGGGCCGCCAACGGGGGGCUCUCCUCCGCGGCGUCCGGCGGGGCGGGCGUGAUCCAGAACGGCGCCGCGCCUCCGAGGCCGGACGACGGCCGGCUCAGCCUGGGCGUGAUCACGGCCAGCCCCGACGAGCACGAGCCGCUCCUGAGCCGGGAGCGGGAGCCGCCCGACGCCCGGGCGGCGGCAGCGGCGGGCGUCGCCGCCCUGCGCUCGGCCCGGCCCAACGCCAACAACAACAACAGCAACACGGGGCACGGCCAGGGCGACGGCAACAGCGGCGGGGAGAGCGACGGCGGCGGCGAGGAGGAGGGCAGCGCCGAGGGGACGAGCAGGGAGACCACGGGGGAGAGCUCCGACACGGGUUACAUCUCCGCCGACCCCCCGAGGGACGCCACGGUCACCAUGAGGGGAGAGGCGCUGCUCAGGCAGCCCCGAGCGCGCAGACCGGAGAGACCCAACUCCCUGGACCUGUCGUUCACCACGCAGGACCUGGCCUCUCUAGGCGAGGGCUUGGUGAGACCCAGCGCGGCCUUGGGGACGGGAGAAAAAAUCAAGAAGCGCGUCAAAACGCCGUACUCUCUUAAAAAGUGGCGACCCACCACGUGGGUCAUCUCCACGGACAGCCGGGGUCCGGAGGUCAACAACAACGGGUCGGCCCGGGGGCAGGGGCACGCCGACAACGGGCCCAAGUCCGCCUCGGCCAUCUACCUGCAGGGCGGAGGCUCGGCCAGCGAGCCCAGUGACACGCAAGUGUGAAUUCGGACCUUCUACUUGGACUGAGACGAACAAAAGGGACUGUGUGGGGUGAAAAAAAGAAAAAAAAAACUAGCCCAGAACCGCUGCCCUGCUCUGAAUCGGACCCCGCGGAGUCGGUCGGGCCUGGUCCUGUACAGUAAUUAGGUCUGUCUCGCUCCCUCGUGUCUUUCUGACAGCAUCGCUUUAAACAGAAUCCAGCUAUGCAGCGUUCUCGUUCCUUUCUUCUUUCCCAGCCCCUUUGGUUUCCCCCCCCCCCCCCCAUAAAUAUAGCAGUUAAUCAAAUGGACUCACGUUUCCUCCCUACGUGCACUUUGAACCAACGAGAAAUCAGUGUUUCUGAGCCGCGUCUGCUGCGACCGCCACACACAGGUGGUCUCUAAACUUAAACGGCCGACGGCACACAAUCAGCCCCUCUCUUACUUUAGCUGUGGGGGAAUCACGUUUAAUGUAAGCUCUGUAAAAAAAGAAAAAAAACAUAGAUUUGAUGUCUUAAAGACGGAACAAACACUUUUUUUUUUGUUGUUCAUUUCCUUGAUCUGUAUGCAAUACCAUGCGUCUUUUAACCACGUAUCUUGUUUUUUGUAUCAUACUUUUUAACUGUGCAAUAGGAUGUAGUUUUUAGAUGCUUUUCGCGUUUUUACGGCUUCCAUUUAAAAGAAAAAAAAAAAGUUCUCAUCCAUAUUUUGAUACGUUAAUCUUUUUUGCACUUAUGAAUUGUCCCAAUCAUACUGUUUUUUUUUUUUUUGUUUUCGCUUUAUUUGAACAAUCUACGAGCAAUCUCCGUCCCCCCCGCGAGCUCCAGAGGAGAAAACGGACGACAAUCCUCUCUUUUCCUUCGACUCUGAGCCGCCUUUAAAGGUGCGGCGGCGGCGGCGGCGGCGCCCGGAAGACGGGUCCUUCCCGCCCCACACUACAAUCACCUGAAUGGAGCCUAUGGAGCAAUGUGCUACGUCACCUGACCUCACUGUGGACCGACCGAAACACUACAAAGCCCAGGUUCUGCUGUUCUGCGUUCGAAACCGGAUACUUUAAGAAAAAAACAACAACACUGAAGCAUGCUGGAUAUUAUUUCUGCUUCUAGUUCCUAUCCUCUUUGUUUGAAUGGAUGAUUCAGUGUGUGUGUGUGCGUGUGUGUCAGCAAGCAUCGUAUGUAGAGCCGUCACGGCCUGUACAGGCGCGCUUCAUCGUCGUCAUACUUAUCCCGAAGUGUCAGCGCCGCUUCGUGGCGUACGACAAGAUCUCGUUUAUGUUUUUGUAAUCUGUAAUUUGUAUUAAACAGGAAAUUAUGUGUAUUGCAUUAAUAUUUGCCUUUUUUUUUCUUUUUCUUUUGUUUUUAUGAAAGCCUGUCGUGCAUUCAAUGGACUCCAUUGCUAUGCGUCUGCUUGGUACAGUUUCUGUAAACACUUUCAAGUCAUUAUGGAAGAAAAUCUCAAUAAAUGUAUGAAAUAAUGCUCGGCUUCACGUGAGAUGGGCUUUUUUUCCUGUACUGUAAGUGAUGAUUAAAGAUGAAGAAAACA